GAAGGGGAGGGCGGGGGAAUGAGUAGCCCCGCGGCGGCAGCAGCUGCAGCAGCAGCAGCAGCAGCAGCAACGGCGGCAGCAGUUACAGCAGCAGCAGCAGCAGCUGGCUGGCGGCAGGCGGCGGCGGCUGCUGCGGCGGCCCGGGAGGCCGAGGCUGAGGCCGUGGCGGAGUCACUGCAAUCCGGGCCGGCUAGCUAGCCAGCGGGCAGGCGAGCAAGCGCCACGGCUCCAUGGAGCUCGAAAACAUCGUUGCGAACACGGUGCUACUCAAGGCCCGGGAAGGCGGUGGUGGCAACAGGAAGGGAAAAAGCAAGAAAUGGCGACAGAUGCUUCAGUUCCCCCACAUCAGCCUGUGCGAGGAUCUUCGUCAGAGUGUGGAGCGGGACUACCACAGCCUGUGUGAGAGGCAGCCCAUUGGGCAUUUGCUCUUUCGGCAGUUCUGCGAGACACGGCCGGAGUUAUCCCGAUGCAUCAGCUUCCUGGAUGGGGUGGCUGAGUAUGAGGUGACUCCUGAUGACAAGCGGAAAGAAGCUGCCCAGAGGCUGAUGGAGAACUACCUGAACCCCAAGUGUACAGACCACAUCCCUGAAGUUCCUCCCCAGCUAGUGAGUGCCUGUGCUGAGAGACUUGAGCAGGGGCCCUGCAAAGACCUCUUCAAGGAGCUCACCAGGCUGACCCAUGAAUACCUGAGUGUUGCCCCCUUUGCGGAUUACCUCGACAGCAUCUACUUCAAUCGAUUCCUACAGUGGAAAUGGAUGGAAAGGCAGCCAGUGACCAAAAACACCUUCCGCCAGUACCGUGUGCUGGGCAAGGGUGGCUUUGGAGAGGUCUGUGCAUGCCAGGUUCGAGCCACAGGCAAGAUGUAUGCCUGCAAGAAACUAGAGAAGAAGCGAAUCAAGAAGAGGAAAGGAGAGGCUAUGGCCCUGAAUGAGAAACAGAUCCUGGAGAAAGUGAACAGUAGGUUUGUAGUGAGCUUGGCAUAUGCCUAUGAAACGAAAGAUGCCCUUUGCCUGGUGCUGACUCUAAUGAAUGGAGGAGACCUCAAAUUCCACAUUUAUCACAUGGGUGAAGCAGGAUUUGAGGAAGCCCGCGCUGUCUUCUACGCAGCUGAGAUCUGCUGUGGCCUGGAGGAUCUACACCGAGAACGGAUCGUGUACAGGGACUUGAAACCAGAAAACAUCCUGUUGGAUGACCAUGGCCACAUUCGGAUCUCUGAUCUGGGACUAGCUGUGUACGUGCCUGAAGGUCAGACCAUGAAAGGUCGAGUGGGCACUGUGGGCUACAUGGCCCCUGAGGUGGUGAAGAACGAGCGGUACACAUUCAGCCCGGACUGGUGGGCCCUGGGGUGCCUGUUGUAUGAGAUGAUUGAGGGCCAGUCACCCUUCCAACAGCGAAAGAAGAAGAUAAAACGAGAGGAGGUGGAGCGGCUGGUGAGGGAGGUAACAGAAGAAUACUCGGCCAAGUUCUCAUCCAAAGCCCGUUCUCUCUGCACUUCGCUCCUGUGCAAAGACCCCGGGGAAAGGCUCGGCUGCCGAGGAGGUGGUGCACAGGAAGUCAAGGAACACCCCAUCUUCAAACGCAUCAACUUUAAGCGCUUGGAAGCUGGAAUGUUGGAACCUCCUUUCAAGCCUGAUCCUCAAGCUAUUUACUGCAAAGAUGUGCUGGAUAUUGAGCAGUUCUCCACGGUGAAAGGUGUGGAAUUGGAGUCUACAGACAAUGACUUCUACCAAAAGUUUGCCACAGGGAGCGUGCCCAUCCCUUGGCAGAAUGAGAUGAUUGAGACGGAGUGUUUUAAGGAGUUGAAUGUAUUCAGCAUGGACGGAACAGUACCCCCAGACCUUGACUGGAAGGGCCUACCCUCCCCACAGCCCAAAAAGGGCUUGCUUCAGCGACUCUUCAGCAGACAGAGGUGAGCCAGUGUGUGGGUCCCGGCGGGGCCUAAUCCCUUCUGCAGCAGUGGCGAGAUGUGGGCAAGAGGAGUCCGGUGCCUGGUGCCCUCCCUCCCCCCUUUCUGCCUGCCCACUGCUUCAUUUCUAAAUGCCCAGAGCCACUAAUCCUUGCUUGGCUGCCCUGUCUGCCCAGGCCCUGCCUUUACCAGCUUGGUUGAAGAGGCUGCAGGGAAGGAGUUCAGUUUUCCCUUCCCCAUUCUACUCUGCCAGGCCUCCCUAGAAGCCCAAGUUUAUCUCCAGAGACAAUGGCUUGGUGGGGGAAGGGGACCCCCUUUCCAAAUGUGAAACACCCCCUCCCCCAGAUCACCAGCCCUGGCUCUGAGCCUGGUACCUCCCAGCUUCUGGGAAAUGGGUUAGAGCCUUCCUUCCUCAAAUAGGGCCAGUAGCCUGGAAGCCACUGUUGCUGCCCUGUGGUUGUAGCUUUCUUUCCUCUAGGUCUGUGGCCAACUUCUGGUAUACAGGCCACAAGGGAACCCUGGUUGGGCUCAGCCAUAUCUUACUCUUCCCCAAUGCAGGCCCCUUUGCCCCCCUAACUCCAUUGUGCAGCUGGCCUUAGCACCCACCCCCACAUAUCCCCUGGGGGGUAGCCACUCUGCUCAUUCACUCAGGGGUGGGAGAUGGGGGGUGGGCUGUCUACCAGAAGCAUCCCUGCAGGCACCUUUGGGCAACAUCAGGCUUCCCGAGUCCAGGAACAUUGUUCAAUCCUGCCUGCUCUGCUUCCCUCUCUGUCUUCCCUGUCUCUCCCCCUCCUACCCUUCCCUUUUCUAGGACUGUUGUGGGAACUGCAGCGACAGUGAGGAAGAGUCCCCCACCCGCCUCUAGCCCUGAGGGCCUGACACCCACGCCCGGCAGAUGGCGGUAGCAGCUGCCCACCGGCCCUGUUUACAGUUUUGCACAAUUGUCCUUAAAGAUGUCUGUAAAGGCCCAUGGAGGCCCCUCAGAGCCGGGCAAUCCCAGCACAUGCCAGGAUUGUUCUAAAUCUUUGGCUUGCUAGGGUAGUUUCCCUCCUGCACCCUCGGGAGUGAAGCAGGGAGGAGAAAUUGUUCCAUUCUUCCUUCUACCCAGCCUGGAUGGGGUGCCCUAGGACACCUUCCUAGAGGUGGCAGAUUCUGGUUCCCAAACCUGCCCCCUAGGAAUCAUUGGAAUUUUAUAUAUUUAUAUAUCUGUAUGUAUGUAUAUAUCAAUUGUAGAUUUUUAAAUCACCGGGCAGAGGAGCCAUCUCCCCCCACCACCACCACUGCCCACUGUACUCACUGUGGCCCUUCCCAGGCCAGAGCAGAGAGGGGGGGGGAGAUUUAUUGCCAAACCAAAGGGCCCCCACCUGGCCCAGAGGGGCUGCUGGGCAGCUAGUUUGGGUCCCAGGCCCUCCCCCAUCAUACUCACUGUGUCACCCACCGUGAACUAGUGACAGUUGUGCCUAUAUAUCCCACUGCCUUGUUUCCAGUGGCCUGGCAUAGCCCUGUGAUUGCUGGAAACUCCCUCCCUGCCUGCUUCCAGAUAGGAAAGUUUGGGGCCACUUAGGGUCCCAAAUGAAGCCUCCACUUGGGGACAGAGGCAGCCCAGACAGGAAACCAAGGCCUGGCCUGUGGCUGCCACCCCUAGGAACCCCCCUAUAGGACCAGUGUCAACUGCCCAGGGGUUUGGGCCAUGUGGCAUCACACCUCUGGGUAGGAGUUCAUUGUGGUCAGGGGGAAGGUUGUCUGGAUACCACCCUUAGUCUUCCCAGAAGGCAUCUAUCUCUUCCAUAGCCCCUGCCAGAUCUGAGCAGAGAAGCCUCUUCUCUCCCCUGGUGGCCUACAGCUCAUGUGCCUUCCCAGGGGCCAGAGAAGUGGGGCCUGGGCUCUUCUCCCUCCCCGGGACAGCACCCCACCACCCCCUAGGGGUUUGGGGGUGGGGGGGAGGGCAGUUUUAAAACAUUCCAGCCACAUUGCACAGUAUCCACUUGUCCUUGUGUGAGUUCCUAGCAAUAAUCUGCCCCUUCCUCGUGUUUCUGAGCGUGUGGCGUGCCUGCCCUCAGCCUGGGCCCUGUCAUCCCGCUGAGCCAGGCUUCUUGGGACUGUGACUUACCUAAAAUGGCACCAUAUCUGUGGUAACAUUUGCUUGCACUGCACUGAUGUUCCAAUAUGUACAGACUGAUUUUUAUGCCUUUUAUUCAUUGUACAAUACCCAGUGUCCAUUGUUUCCUUCAUGCAAACGUGAAUAUGAUAAGAGCACAAUCCCA